AUGGUUUUAGAGAAGGUCGUUCCACCUGACGCGAUACUUAGGGUCCAACAGAUGACAACAGAAGCUGCCAAUCUACAAGUGGGACGUACCAUAAGGCGUAUAGAACAGCUGGGCCUGGAGGUGUCGGCGGCUAAAACGGAAGUGAUUCUGUUCUAUGGACCAAGAAGGAGACCGAGUGUUGUGCCGGAGGUGAGGAUUGGAGACGUGGACGAGAGACCUGGUGACACCUUCAAGUAUUUGGGUAUAAUGCUAGACAGCAAGUGGAAAUUUACUCAGCACUUUGAGUACGUAGCGGAUAAAGCUUUACGUGUGGCCAGAUCCCUAGGAAGGCUGAUGCCAAAUCUUUGA